AUGGUCCACAUACCUAAAACCCAAAAGACUUUCUGUAAGAAAUGUAGUAAGCACCGGCCUCAUAAACUGACCCAGUAUAAGACGGGCAAGGAUUCCCUGUAUGUCCAAGGAAAGCAGCGCUACAAAUACAAGCAGGGUGGCUACGGUGGGCAGGCAAAGGCAAUUUUUCGAAAGGAGGCUAAAACCACAAAGGAGAUUGUACUCAGGCUUGUUGAGCCCAACUGCAGAUCCAAGAGGAUGCUGGCCAUUAAGAGAUGA